GUUUUGUGUAACAGAUGUCUCUUUCCAUUCACCACUGUUUGGAGGCUGGAAAUACUGUAUGUUGUGAGUGGAUGAACAUGCACGGGUAGCCUAGUAAAGGAGUCCUUUGAAGUGAUUGACAAUCUGAUGAUAACAUCAUGACUGGUUGUGUUGAUGCCACAAUAAAAAGACAUCGUACCCAUCCUGACGUCAGCGGUCAUAGAGUGCCACCGGGCCGGUCUGAGGAACUCGUCGUUCAGCUUUGCCGCCAUGUUGAUGAGACCAGAGUACCGUCACAAGAUAGACCCCAAGUACCGCAAGAAGAUAGAGGCUAUGGUCCGUCGUCCAGACACCAGUGAGAUAGAGGAGGACACCACUCCAUGUCCAUAUUGUGGUUUCCUGCUGCCCCAGUGUGACCUGAUCUGUCCUGGCUGCAAGAACAACCUGCCCUACUGCAUCGCCACGGGUCAUCACAUGCUGAAAGAGGACUGGUCAGUUUGUCCUCACUGUGAAUUCCCUGCUCUCUACUCCCAGCUCAUCCUGCUGUUGGAGAUGGAGAGUGUGUGUCCCAUGUGUUCAGAGACUCUGAACGUUAACCAGGUGGAGAAGAUGGAUGACUGUUCCAGGUACCUGCAGCCUGAUCAACUGGAUCACUGACACAGUGGUUUUAUGACUGUGUUUUUCAGAGAUCUCUGUGGUGUGGACGUGACCUGGUUGUCCACUACGUAGGGGACUGCUGCUGAGUGGAGGACGGAGCAUCAUACUGGAUGGAACGGACCAAUGGAAACCAUGUGUUGGAUACAAUGCCCACCCACUCCUCUCCAGGCAUUACCACGAGCCCGUCCUCCCCAAUUCAGGAGCCACCAACCUCCCUGGGAUAGGGGAUAGGGUGUCAUUUGGGAGCCACCCCGUGACCUCCUCCAUCUCUCCACCCCUCCAUGUUUCUCUACCACCUGUUAAACUGUUGACAGCUGUAGACCAUUUUUAGUUAUUUUACUGAUGUACUGUUUAUAUCCGUAUUGAAGCUUGUUUUCCAUUCAUUCAUUCAUGUCUACAAUUUAAAUAAAAAAAAUAUGAAUAUUAAAUAUAUUUUUGCUCUU